CAUCCCUGUUUGUGCAACACUCCUGACGAAUCUGCCAACACUUGGAGAUCUUUUCCGUGUUAUACCCCUCUUUCUCUACCGCCAUGAUAUCUGCUCGAUCUUUCCGGGGGUUAGGGCUGUCCUCGCUGCUGAUGUUAUUUAAUAUGGUCUGUCUGCUGUCUCUCUCCUUCCUCCUCUACGUAUCAACCAUCUGCUAAUAACACAAUGUCUUUCUUCAUAGCGAGUCUCAUUGUUGCCCUCAUUGGCCUCUACAUUGUCAAGUCUUUCCUCACUCCCCAGAAACAUCACCCACCUCUUCCUCCAGGCCCUCGACCAAAACCUUUCAUCGGCAACCUACAGGACUUGCCAUCAGUCGGUGAUCAGGACUGGAAGCAUUGGUACAAACACAAAGAUCUCUAUGGCCCCAUAUCCUCUGUCACCGCAUUCGGACAAACUAUCGUCGUCCUCAAUGAAGCCCGACUUGCGGUAGAGCUCUUGGAAAAGAGAUCAGCUAUACACUCAGAUCGACCUCCAGGUGUCUUCUCUGAACUCUCAGGCUGGAAUCUCAUCCUGGGAACACUACCAUAUUCAGACCGCUUCCGUAGUUACCGCAAAAUACUUCACCAACAGAUUGGCUCGAACCUGUCCGUUUCCCGAUUCAAUCACGUCCAAGAAACAGAGGCCCGUCGCUUCCUCCUGCGUGUUCUAAAUAGCCCCGAAGAUGUUAUCCAUCAUAUCCGCAAAGAAGCUGGUGCUAUUAUCCUGAAAGUUGGCUAUGGGUAUACCAUCGAACCACAUGGUCGUGAUCCCCUGGUUGAUCUGGGCGACCGGGGCAUGGCCGAAUUUUCCCUAGCUCUCCAGCCUGGAACGUGGCUGGUGGACUUUAUUCCUUUCUUGAGGUACCUGCCUACAUGGGUACCAGGAGUGGCUUUCACGAAGAUUGCAAGCAAGUUUAAGAAAACAGCCACGGCUUUUACCGACUUGCCAUAUGAAUUUGUGAAACGAAAAUUGGCCCAGAAUACAUUUGAGCCAUCAUUCUUGUCCCACUUACUGCAAGAGCAGGGUCAUUUGCAACCAGGUUCCGAAGAGGAACUUAUAUUAAAGGGGUCUGCAGGAUCCCUUUAUGCUGGAGGAGCCGAUACCACUGUCUCCUCGAUGACAAGCUUCUUCAUGGUCAUGGCUUUGAAUCCACACGCACAGCGGAGGGCACAAGAGGAAAUUGACCGUGUGGUGGGAACCAACCGCUUACCUGGCUACCAAGACCGUGAUCAUCUCCCUUACAUCAACGCCAUGGUGAAGGAGGUACUCAGGUGGCACCCAGUCGUGCCAUCAGGGGUGGCACACCAGUCCAUUGAAGAGGAUAUCUGCGAGGGAUACUACAUUCCAAAGGGUGCAAUCGUUAUCUCAAAUAUCUGGGCCUUUACCCACGAUCCCGAUAUAUACCCCGAUCCAAUGGCCUUCAAACCAGAACGGUUCCUCAAUACCGAAAACCACAUCCCCGAACGCGAUCCACAUCUCCUUUCUUUCGGCUUCGGACGUCGUGUCUGCCCAGGCCGAACACUAGCAGACUCAAACAUCUAUCUUAGCAUUGCCAUGUCUUUGGCUGUAUUCGACAUCGCCCCGGCUAUAAAAGAUGGUAAAGAGGUCGGACCCACAGUAGAGUUCCGACCGGGGGCUAUCAGCCACCCCGUGCCGUUUGACAUGGACAUCAAGCCCCGGAGUCAGGUGCAUGAAGAGCUGAUUCGUUCGGUUGAGAAGGAAUUUCCUUGGGAGAAGAGUCAUGCAGCGGAACUUGGGGCAUUUGAGUUUUAAUCGGUCAGCCCUCUGCAAGUCUUCGGGUUUAGUUUCCAUCCUGGUUCUUGUAAUUCUUUCAGGUAUAUAAAAAGUGUUGACAUGGUGGUCGUACGGAUGGCUGGACGGGAUAUAUAAAUCUUGGAGUACCACUUGGUCUAU